AUGGAUUCAUCUACAGAUUCAGUUGUCUGUAUAGCUAUUGAGUCCAUAGUUAUGGAAGACGGGGAAGGACAUACUAUACCCGCUGAAGUGGAAGACGGGGAAGGACAUACUAUACCCGCUGUAGUGGAGGACGGGGAAGGACAUACUAUACCCGCUGUAGUGGAAGACGGGGAAGGACAUACUAUACCCUCUGUAGUGGAGGACGGGGAAGGACAUACUAUACCCUCUAUAGUGGAGGACGGGGAAGGACAUACUAUACCCGCUGUAGUGGAGGACGGGGAAGGACAUACUAUACCCGCUGUAGUGGAGGACGGGGAAGGACAUACUAUACCCUCUGUAGUGGAAGACUGGGAAGGACAUACUAUACCCGCUGUAGUGGAGGACGGAGAAGGACAUACUAUACCCUCUGUAGUGGAGGACGGGGAAGGACAUACUAUACCCGCUGUAGUGGAAGACGGGGAAGGACAUACUAUACCCUCUGUAGUGGAGGACGGGGAAGGACAUACUAUACCCUCUAUAGUGGAGGACGGGGAAGGACAUACUAUACCCGCUGUAGUGGAGGACGGGGAAGGACAUACUAUACCCGCUGUAGUGGAGGACGGGGAAGGACAUACUAUACCCUCUGUAGUGGAAGACUGGGAAGGACAUACUAUACCCGCUGUAGUGGAGGACGGAGAAGGACAUACUAUACCCUCUGUAGUGGAGGACGGGGAAGGACAUACUAUACCCUCUGUAGUGGAGGACGGGGAAGGACAUACUAUACCCGCUGUAGUGGAGGACGGGGAAGGACAUACUAUACCCGCUGUAGUGGAGGACGGGGAAGGACAUACUAUACCCUCUGUAGUGGAGGACGGGGAAGGACAUACUAUACCCUCUGUAGUGGAAGACGGGGAAGGACAUACUAUACCGGAUCCCUCUGUAGUUGUGGUCUGUGACAACACUUCUGUCGAUGCUGACUUGUCUUUUGCUGCUGUUCCAGGUGACAUCUACUUCCAGGCGUUGAUGAUCUGUUGUUGGUGGCUGGUUGGGGUCUCUGUUAGUUUAUCUUGGUUAGACAUCUCUGUAAUAAAGAUGAGCUAUAUAUUUGUUGAUCUCACAGUAUAUGAAGAACAGUAUUUACAUUAG